AUGAUUGAGGAGCCUGACAUAGAUAUGAAAGAAUUUUUCUUGAACGUUGACCAAAAUGCAGAACGGAUGGGUGACAAUGGAGGGUCAAGUGUGAAUGUAGAAGAUGAAGAAAUCGAGGUGCUUAAUAAUGAAAUAUUGAUACCUGAGUUGUCAUCUGAUGAGGGGGGGGGGAGUGUUGGUUCACCUGAAGAGUUGAAAAACAAAAUAAAACAACAUGUUGUCAAGACUAGAAGAGAGAUUGUCAUAAUUAGAAAUGACAAAAAUAGGGUAAGGGCUGUUUGUAAAGGUAGUAUACCAGACCUUAUUGAAGUAGGUGUUGGUGGGCCUAUUAACAAAAGGAAGUGCCUGUGGGUCCUAUAUGCAAGCAAUUGGAGUAAGGAUGCAGAUCGGGAGGUCCAUACUUUAAAGAUGAAGGUAUUUCGAGCAAAAACUAAGGCAAAUAUUCAUGUGAGAGGUGCUUAUGCAGGAAAAUACUCUAUACAAAGAGACUAUAUUUUGGAACUUCAAACACGAAACCCAUACACCACCGUGAAAAUCAAAGUUGAAACCGAACCCAAUCCCCACUGUGAAUCAAGAAUAUUCAAGCGGAUAUACAUAUGCUUAGGGUCAUUAAAGAAGGGUUUUGCAGCUGGAAAACGAGAUUAUGUUGACUUGGAUGGGUCUUUUUUGAAGGGUCCAUAUCCAGGAAUAGUCCUCACUAUAGUGGGUCUUAAUGGAAACAACUGUACUUAUCCUUUGGCAUACACUGCAGUAGAGGCUGAAAACAUCAACUCGUGGACUUGGUUUUUAAAUUAUUUAGGUGAUGACCUCAACUUGCACAGGAGGGCACAUUGUGAUGGUCUUCUAAAUAAUUUGUAUGAGUCUCUUAAUAGUCAACUUCAAAAAGCACGUGAACAAUCGAUCAUCACUUGCCUAGAAUUCAUUAAAGAGUACCUAAUGUGUAUUGGUGUUUUUUUGUGGGAAUGGAAAUGGGAACUCACUGGCAUCCCAUGUAAGCAUGGACUAGUUACAAUAUGGGAUAUGAGAAAAAACAACAAAGAUGUGGGGUUGCUUGAAUCAUGGGUUCAUCCCACUUACAGGCUAAAAACAUGGAAGGAAAUGUAUUCCUUCAAGAUUGAACCUAUUAAUGGAAGAAGAAUGUGGGAAAAAUAUCCUUUCCCUACCACAUUGCUACCUCUUAAACAUUAUGUCCCUAUUGGAAGACCAAAAAAGAAACGAAAGAAGUCUGAUGUGGAAGAUCUGAUUGCUAGUGGAAGUGCAUAUGAUGGUGGACCAAGCAGGAAAGGGAAAGCAGAUGGUGUAGGGAAGAAAGCAGAUGGUGUAGGGAAGAAGGCAGAUGGUGCAGGUAAAAAAACAAAUGGUGAUGAGAGGAAAGCAGUUGGUGCUAGGAAGAAAAUAAAUGGUGCUGGGAAGAAAGUAUUUGGUGUUCGAAAGAAAACAGAUAGUGCUGGGAAGAAAGCAAAUGGUGCUGGAAAGAAAGGAAAGAAUGUUGUUUGA